AUGACUCAUAUUGAAAAAGUCGACCACUCUAUCGAAGAGUCUUACCUCUCUCCACCGGCUCGUAAGAGCCAUGGAAGAAGAAGAACUGUGUAUAUCUCGGGACUAUUAGCAGCUUUAGGAGGAGUACGUUUAUGCCGAUCGCUGAUAUUCUGAUGUGUCUCCUAACUUGUUUGUCUUAUAACAGUUCAUUUGUGGAUACGAUACUGGAGCCGUAGCAGGUAUUCUAUCUCUACCAACGUUUAUGGCAGCUUUCCCGGAUAUCAAUGCCUACCUGAAGAGUGUUCUUCUUGUCAUGACUUUGGCGCUUGGCGGUUUAGGCGCUCUGUCAUCUGCUUAUUUUUGUGGUAAGGUUUCACUCGCACUGACAGUACAUAAUCGUAGCUUCCCACUAAAAGACUUUGAACUGCAUCUUAUAGACAAGAUAGGCAGGAAGUACUCUAUCAUUGUAUCGUGCUUUAUCUUUGCUAUUGGAGUCCUUAUGCAAGUCAUUGGCAUGAAAUAUGGCGUUCUAUUGGCUGGAAGAAUCAUUGCUGGUAUCGGAAAUGGUAUCAUUACAAACAGCAUCCCUCUCUAUCACUCUGAAAUUGCCCCUGCGGACAUUCGUGGCCGACUCAUUAGUCUUUACACGGUGAUGAAGUCAUUUGGUACGCUAAUAGGCUACUUUGUGACUUACGGAACCAGUUUCUUGGUCACUUCGUGGGGAUGGCGUGCUCCGUGGCUCAUUGAGCUGCUCCUGUGCGUUGGACUUGGAAUAUUUUCAUUCACUCUACCCUUUUCACCUCGUUGGCUCAUCUAUCAAGGCCGGGACGAAGAAUCGCUGCAAGUCCUGAGCGAUCUCCGGGAAGCUCCUAUAACCGAUGUCAAUAUUCAAGCGGAGUUUAAUGAGAUUAAGCAAGAGCUCGAUUAUGAAAGAUCUCUUGGCCAAGCAACCGUUUGGGAGUUGUUCCAGGGUACCAACCGCAAGAGAACCCUUAUUUCAUUUACCUUGGCUUUAGGUGCUGCUCUGACUGGCACUCAAGCGGUUCGCUACUUUGCUCCCACUGUUUUCAAGAGUGCUGGCCUUUCCAGUGUCUCUUCAUCCUUGGUAGCAACUUGCGGUGUCGGUGCUUUUGGCUUCUUGGGAACUCUCGUAACCGUAACCUUCUUGGACAGAUGGGGCCGCAAACCCAUCUUGCUCUCAGGCACAUGGAUGAUGUGUAUCAGCAUGAUGAUGAUUGGCGCCAUGUUUCAAGCCUUUUCACACAUGGAUGCUCAAGGAAACAUCAUCAUGACAUCGGUCCCUGCUCGUAAUGCUAUCAUGGCUUUCUUGUUCAUCUUCAGUUUUUGUUAUUCUUACUCGCUGGGCAUCGUUUCUUUCGUCGUACCUUCAGAGAUUUUUAAUAUGCGCUGUCGUGCAAAGGGUUGCGCCCUCACAUUUUCAAUUUUUUGGAUUUUCUCCAUUUUCACUACCUUGAUUAUGCCUGUGUUCUCAGCUCACAGUGCAUCUGCUGCCUACUUCUUUUUUGGUGCCUGCUGCUUUGUAGCUGGUGUAUGGUACUUCUUUGUACCUGAAUCCAAAGACAUCACACUGGAGCAAAUGGAGCAAUUGUUCUCAAAGUAAGCAUUUUACCAUUCUUCGUAUUUUGUGCGCCAUCCUUCCCCCUUUUUUUCUUUCUUUCUUUACUUCUUGGGUGGCCACAUCUUUCUUAUGAUUCAGUUACCUAUCCUUCUUCUUCGGAAUACAAACGAGGGUGACAUUGCUUCGGCUUUGUCUACCCUCAUUUCUUCUCCUUCACUUACUGGCACAAGGGGUGCUGUACUUUGACAUGGUUGCACCAUGUCAAGUCGGCUGAGAUCAUACCCUCAAGUGACUCAUUUCCAUGCAUUCUGCUCUGCUCUUUUUUAUGCAAAGUAAUGGAAAUGGUUGCUCAAGCGGAUUCACGUUAAUGCGUGCGGCGCGAUGUGCUUGUAAAACUUGUGCAAUUUGCACACUUUUUGCAUUGGAGGCUACUAUGUAGCCUCCUUU